AUGGCCUCGCUCGACGACAUCUGGGACACGCCGGCGGAGGUGGGCUCCACGCAGCCAGCACUCCCACCGAUUACGAUCAGCGACGACGAAGACGACGCGCCCACCCAGCGCGCGGGACGUCGCCGCGCGCCGAAGCCCGCCCUCUUCCUCGACUCCGACUCGGAGGGCGAGGCCGCGACCUCCGGCAACGCCGUCUACGUCUCGAACCCCAGAUCCGAGAAGCCAGACAUCGACGCGUUCUGGGACGAUCUCGAGGAUGACCCGUCGACGGCGCGCCAGGAGCUCCCGCCCUCGCUUGACCUCGAGGCGCUGAAGCGGCAGGCGGGGGAGAAGGGCAUGCUGGCGUACACGCCGCACCAGAUCUUGCCGAGCAGCUCCCCACCUCCAGAAGGUGACGACGAAGAGGAAGCAGAGGGAGGGAAAGGCAAGGAUGCGGGGAAGAGAAAGUCGGGGGUGGGGCUGAAAAAGAGGCCAAAGCUGGACCAGGCCAGGCUGCUGGGACCGGACGGGUUCCCCGCACUCGUGAAGCAGGCGAAGGAGUUCAAGCCGAAGGGCAAGGGCCAUGAGGUGUCCGACCUCAACAGGCUCUUGAACAUCUAUCAGUUCUGGGGACACAAGAUGUACCCGCCGAGCCAGUUCUCAGACACUGUCCAAAGGGUAGAAAAACAUUGCCAUACGAAACGCCUGCAGGUCGCGCUGGGCGCGUGGAGAGACGAGUUCCACGGGCUUAUCAACGGCAGGAAGCCCGAGGAAGAGGGCGAAGACGACUCGGACAAGGACGAGCACGACGCGACCGCGGCGCGGCUCACAGACCACGACGUGCCACUCGCCACGGACAACGAGCGGUCAUCCCCGUCUCGAGGGCCGUCUGUGCCGCCGUCUUCCGCAUCGGAGCUGGCAUUCGACGACUUUGACAUCGACGCAAUGAUACAUGACGACGAAAACGCCCGCAGACGGACAAGUACCAAGGGCCCGUCCCUUUCAACAACUACUUCCGUUCCGGCUAUGUCCAGCGCAGUCACAGACGAAGACGAGGCGAUGUGGGACGCGAUGAUGGGCGACAUGUCUAACGAGCCGACAGUAUCGAAGGGUCAGCCACCGGCCUCAAAACCCUCCGCACCUCCACCACCAGAAGAAGAUGAGGACAUGUGGGACUUGGUUAGGGAGGCUGAGAUGGAGGCUGAAGCGGCAACGAAGGUUCCAGCAGUUGCCCCAGCGAGCUCAGUAGCGACACCCGCCCCGCCAACGGAUCCUCCAGGCCAACAGAGCGCGAAGAAGACGGCGGAUGAUGACUAUUGGGACGAUAUGUACUUGGAUGAGUAG